GGUGCGUUCAACCCCCAGUCUUCGUUCGUCGGCGCCGGGAAAACGAGAGCUCCUCGCGGUGAAAAGACGACGGUUAGCCGCCGAAAAAAGUCGCAUGGAUGUAUUUAACUUUUCCGCCGGUGUUGAGGUGACUCUGGGUUGACGAAGGACGGCUGGAAACAAGUUCAACCCUCCUGCUCCUUCCCUUCUUCAUCCCCUCCCCCCACUGGCUUCUGUUCCCCAGAGGGCAGAGCUAAGUAUGGGGUAAGAGAGUCGAGAGGGGACGCAAAGACGAGACGCGCUGAGGAGGCCCACACCUGCACAGGUGGUGACGGGUGCAGGGCGCUGUCAUGGCGAUGCAGCGGAAGAAGCUGAAGCUUGGGGUGACAGUGAUGAUGGUCAACCUCUUCAUUUUCAUCCUCAUUUUCCGACACAGCGGUCAGGACAAGAACGGGCGUCACAAGGUCCAAAUCCCCUCUGAACCCUUCUGGGCCAAACUGGCUCCUAACUUGGCUUACUGGAACCGCCAGCAGCAGAUUCGAGACCUUCAGAACAAUCCCAUCCUGACGGCGAACUCCAGCGGCGUGGACCUGCCUGAUUGGGUUGGUGAGCCCACUUUGACCUCUGUCCCCUGCGAGCGUAACAUCAGGGUUACCACUCAGGUGAAAGACUACAACUCGCUACCAGACCGCUUCAAGGACUUCCUGCUUUACAUGCACUGCCGCUCCUACCCGAUCAUGGUCGACCAGCCCGAUAUCUGCAAGGAGCCGCCGUUCCUUCUCCUGGCAGUCAAAUCCCAGGUAUCGCACUUCGACCGCCGCCAGGCCAUCCGGCAGUCCUGGGGACGGGCCGGGGUGGUAGCCAAUAAGACGGUCGUUACUGUCUUCCUUCUCGGCAAUGCCACAGCUUGGGACCACCACCCAGAUCUAUCCAGCAGUCUGCGGGAUGAGAGCGCCCGCCAUCAAGACAUCAUCCAGUGGGAUUACCGGGAUUCUUUCUUCAACUUGACUGUCAAAGAAGUUCUGUUCCUUGAAUGGAUCCAGACUCGUUGCCCCGGCGCCCGCUUCAUUUUCAAAGGAGACGACGACGUCUUUGUCAACACCUACCGCAUUCUGGACUUCCUCAAGGGCCUCUCGGUGCCCAAAGCAAGGGACCUGUUUGUGGGUGACGUGAUCACCGAGGCGGGGCCACACCGAGACAAAAGGGUCAAAUACUUUAUCCCAGAGAGCAUGUACAUCGGGAAGUAUCCUCCAUACGCAGGAGGCGGCGGGUACCUUUACUCUGGUGACAUCGCCGCUCGUCUGCACGGUGUGUCACAGCAUGUACCGCUCUACCCGAUAGACGACGUCUACACAGGUAUGUGUAUGAAGAAGCUAGGGCUGGCCCCCGAGAAGAACAAAGGCUUCAGGACAUUUGACAUAGAGGAGAAGUACAGGUCGAACCCCUGCGCCUACAAGAGCUUAAUGCUCGUUCACCCGAGGACCCCGCAGCAGAUGAUCCAGAUCUGGACGUGGCUCAGUAGCCCUGACCUGACCUGUCAGUGAGGACUCCACAGCACCCACUUUCGGACUGACUGAAAUGGCCUUUGGUGUUGUUCCCAAAAGGUCAAAGUGAAAAUAAUUUUAUCUUGAGCAGGGUCACGGCUCAAAAGUUGGCAGCUUUAAGUUAAGAUAUUAUUAUAAUGGUCACUUGGAGCCUCAGCUUGGUGCAACUGAUGCAUUAUACCUCUCAAAAUGACCAACAUAGUAUUUUGACUUGAUGUCAGACUUCCAUAGAUUCCAUAACCCUGCUUUACUGUGUCAAAUGAGCGUUACCCAAAGUGACCGUGUCUUUCUUUUGCGUGCACAUAUUUAUAUCACAACUAUUUAUAUGGCCUUCAAAAUGCUUUAACACUGUGUGUCGGCUCCAUGGUGGAGCGUCUCAAUGCUGUAUUAUAUAAACAAGAGACUAAGACCUGGGAGGUGUCCACCUGGGACUCUCUUUGUUGUUUGGAAAAGACACUGCGUCAUGUUUCCAGCACCGAGUGUCUGCAUAUUUCAAAAGUACAUAAAAGAGUGAGUUCUUUGUAAAAAAACCAGUGGUUCCCACAUGCAGCAGUUUAUUGCUGCUGGCUUUCAAAGAGCUUCCUGGUGAACACUUCCCAGUAAUUGUUGCUGGAGGCUUAGUUUGUGCUGCUAUUCCCAUCCACACUCCCUAAAGUAUUUACUUGUGACUCGCUCCAACUCAAACUCUGCCAGUUUCGCCUCCCGAAGACUUGAGGAAACUCUGAUGUUUGUUCGUACCUGACCAGGUAACCAGUCAUUCAGUCUCCCAAAAAUCCAUAGGUUCCGCUCUUAAUUUUAUUUAUUUACUCCGAUUCCCAUAAUUUAUACUGUCUGACAUUAUUGCGACGUGUUCCCACAAAAGUUCAAAUCAUGAUCAACCCUUGAAAUGGGGAGUUUGGUGGAGUGGAUACACACUUUGUUUUCAGGAAAUAAGGGGACGAGGAGCCCAGCUCUCUCCGGCUCCGCGGGUCGGGCCUGGGCUUGACACGGAUGGAGAAAUCUAAAUGCUGUCUAAUUCUGCUUCAGGUUCUCACCUUACACGAAAAGAAAAACAGCUGAUAUGAAUCCCAAGUGCAUUUUCAGUGAUACGUACAUAAACAUUUCCAGCUGCCAGAGUAGAGCUUUCUGUAUGACAUGCUCACUGUAACUUGCUUUGUGAAGUUGUGGUGUUAAAAGUGUUAAAUGUUGUUAAAUGUUGCUUUACUGUGACGUCAGUGAAUCAGAGUCAGAAAUGCUUUAAAACACAGGUGGAACCUCACGUCUAAGCUACUUGUUUGCGCUCUUGUUACUUGACAAAUUGGCUCUGCAAUGUUCACUGAUCAUUUUAAAAUCUUUCAAUUUUUGGAGCUAAAGAUUAAUCAUUAAAAAAAAAAAAAAAAAAAAUCAUGAUAAUUCAUAGCUCCAGAUAUAUUUAGUAGUUUGUUCCACCUUCUUUCCAGGACUUGAGAGAGUUUUAAAAUGGCUGAUAACACGUUUGAGAAGGAAAGUCUUUAUUUGAAGGUCACUGCUCAGCUCACUACUGUACGGCUUUAGCACAAACGCUGUCUUUCACAGAGUGUUGCACAUAUUUACAUUUAUGUUAUAUGUUGUUUUGUUGGUUUUGUUUUGUUUUUUUUUUCAGCUGUAGAUGAGACACAGCCCGACACUUGACACAGUUACGAGUUUUUCAGAUGCACCUUUGUGAUAUUACAGAGGUUUCAACGACCACAGAGAAGGUGAUGCUCUGAGAACGGUCGGAGAAGUGAGUUACAUAUGUCUUUACCCAGGUUUGGGUCGGUCCGUCUUGAUUCAUUUUGUUGGAUGGAUUUCCUUCAGUAUUGUUACUCGGUCCGUGGAGUCGACACUGACAAUAAGUGGCACAAAUGUCGGUUUCAGUCACAUGUUUGGAUUGACCCUGAACCUGCUGGUUACACUUGUGCUGUGACAGAAGGGCAGUGUUCCUCCGCCUCUGUUAGAGCUCCCCCUGCUGGUCAGGACGGUGAUCUUUAGCUUGUAGCAGACAUUGGCAACUCCAUGAUCCAAAUCUGUAGUAUAACAUCUAAUUUAUUUUUUCAUAUUUUCUUGGUCCUUUAGUCUUCAGAUACUUUAAAUUAACAGCUUCUCUCUCUGUUUUAUUGUUUGUGUCACUGUAAUUUGACAUUUGUAACUACUUCUUCGUGGUUACUUUUAACCUGCAUUGGUUUCAGAUUGCUGAUGUUUGCCACCCGAGAAAAAACAAAAUGAAUUAAGACAAUCACAGUAUUGUUCUUUAAAGAUGUGUUUUGAUAAUGAAUUUCUUGGAAUUACCAACUUGUUAGACACUAUUCUUAACUACCCACACGUGGUCAAAUCCGUCUGUCUCCAUGUAGGAUAAAACAAACACUAAAUAAAGGAGACAAAAUAAGAGCCAAGAGCCGAGUGGAGCUAAUUUCAUUCUUCGUAAAUAUUUAAGUCAAGUUUUGUUCUCUGGGUCAUGUGUCAUCAACAUCUUCACUGUGGUUGCUCACCACUCACAUACCAGUAAUAAAUUACAUUCUGUCUGUUCUGCAAAGAAUUUGCGGCUACUUGAAAUGUUUACAUGUUAUUAAACGUUAUCGUCACUUCUUUUUAUGAUAACUACUCAUGUCUGAUGAUUGGCUGUAGAGGUGUAAGCAGCUUUCUCUAUGUUUUACUGUCUGUUUCUAUGUUUGAAUGUAACCUCUCACCGCCACUGCGCCCAGCACAGCUUAGCGGUGUGUUCUGACAGUCUGUGUUUCUUGGAAACGUGUCAAGACAAAAGGAGAAAAUGUCCAGAAAAAAAGAAUAAUAUCCGAUAGAAUUUUAACAAGAUCAAUAAGGAGUUAUCAUGUAAUAAGUGCACGAGUGUUGCGGGAUAUAAAAUGUUCAAAAUGUUCAAAUUGCCCAACAAACAGCUGAAUGUUACAACGAUCAUUACAAUGACUGUUUAAUCAUGUGUCUCUUCUCGUCUCGUCUUUUGUGACCCAAACACAUUGUGAGUCAUUUUCAGAAGAAUCCUUGCUUCCGUUAGCCAUUAUGUAACGUUCUGUUUGUUUUGUUUUGUUUUGUUUUGUUGCGUCACCCUCCUGUUAACAUGAACUUCAGAAACCUGACGUCUUUGUGUUAUACAACACCUGCACUAGUCAGAGAUGAUUACCAAAUCUGUGCCUGAUGUUUGUACGUACUGUAUGUGUAAGAUUAUCGUUCAACCAUGUUAAGAGUGAUUUGCUUUUUUUUUUUUUUUAUCACCUAGGAUGACUUGAUAAUUUGAAUAAAGUUAUAUUUUGCUGUUUUUGUA